AUGGCGCUGGGCGGCCGCUCCGGGCUCGCGCUUGCAGCUCCGCAGCCGCCGCCGCCGCCGCCGCCACCACCACCACCGUUUUCUAAACCUAAGCUGACCUGGGGUGUCAGCACCAUGCUCAGGAUUAUGAGUCAGAUUUUUGCCUUCUUCAGGAGGAGGAAGAUAGACUCCCAGGAAAAGGAGCGAGCGCACCGUCAAGGUGAGGGCAACUUCAAAUCUGUGCAGGGUGUUGUGACAAGUUAUUCUGGUAAUUAUGGCUGGAUUGAAUCACUUAUAUCCUCUGAUGCUGAGGUCUUGACUGGUGAUGUGCCCCUGAGAGUUCAGCAAACAGUUACUACCCAUGUGGAAUUUCAAAACACCGGUGGAUUGAAAGCUACUAAAGUGGAUGUUGUCCCUGACAAAUCUGCGACCACCAGUCCAUCAUCCCAUGAAUCCAGAGCUUUAGUUGGUCAUGUUACCUGUGUAAAGAAAACUAUGGUGUAUGUUGAAAACAAAAUUUCUUUCUCUAUCAGCCGUGUGAUUGAAGGUUUUACGCCUUACAGAGGUGACUGGCUAGAAGUCGAGUAUAUCCAGCUUCGGUGGACCUCAAAACUCCAUGUACUGUCAGCAAAGCCCAUCAAAGUCAAGCACUUGCAAGAGGUCUACAUUACUUUCCUGGAGGGAAGACAUGGAAUGAUAGAAUACGCCAUCUUUUUCACCUUGGAUUCACUGAAGCUUCCUCCUGGAUAUGAGCCUAAAGUGGGUGAUGUUGUGAACGUGACCAUAGUGGAAAGUGUUCACCUUUCCUCUGUUUGGAGAGCAAUUUCUAUGAGCCCAGUGGAAAGAUCAUAA